AUGAUUUCGAGGUACUCGGCUUGGGAACCACAAGGCCGAGCCUUACAAAGAUGGACAAGUGAUCCAAACGCUACCGGAUGUCCCAUUCCCCGAACAACCUUGACGUUGGCUAGUCUCGACUCUCAAAUAUGGCAAAAUAUCUACAAAGUUACCACCCUGCCACUUUUAUACCGAGCCUGGAUCGGUCCUCUCGACCUACCGCUCGAAGAAUUCGCAAGUGUUAUCCCAUUAUCCCAUUGCAACUUGUACGCAAUUCGGAGUUCCGAAAGCUCACGCACUCUCUGGCUUGGCCGAACAGCGCCUGGUGUGAUUUUCAUCGAAGAUAUCUACCAUCAAAGAAGCGCACCAGGUCCCUGGAUCUCGGAUCUCACGAAAGCCGUCUACGAGAAUAAUUUCCCACUCAGUAGCCUCCGCUACAUCUUUUUCUUUAACGUUGUGAACCCUGACACGGACCAAGCUGCUCGGUCUGUGUUUGAUGCCUGCCAACCUCUUGGGUCUUUGAAUAAUAGCCCGUUUACCUGGACGGCUCCUUCAGCCGAGUUUCAUGCGCUGCUUGGCUCACGGCUGGGAAAGAUGGUCUCAUAUUUUAUUCUCGGUGCAUAUGGUCAGGGCAUUAAGUGUGUUGUGAGAAUUAUUACUUUCCACACUCAGAGUGCUCGACGUGAACUCCAUCUGCGAUUUGAUAUUGAGGAUGUGUGA